AUGAAUCUAAAUCGAGAUGGGGAUACGUUGAUGACCCUCAUGGGAACUACAGGCAUUGAUUUUCCAGGAGGAACAGUAGAUUUCAUCCCUGAAAUGAAGUUUAUAUAUGGAUCAGAUAAAGAGAGAAUACCCUGCUACCGUGUCCUUGAUGAUAAUGGGCAGCCAAUUGCGGACCAUAAUUUUGUGCAGGUCAGUGAAGAAGUUGCUGUUAAGAUGUACACUGACAUGGUUACUCUGCGAUCUAUGGAUACUAUCUUCUAUGAAGCACAAAGGCAAGGUAGAAUAUCGUUUUAUGUGACUGCAAUUGGAGAGGAGGCUAUCAAUGUUGCUUCAGCUGCAGCGCUUGCCAUGGACGAUGUUGUUUUCCCUCAGUACAGGGAGGCGGGAGUCUUGUUAUGGCGUGGUUUUACUCUGCAAGAAUUUGCAAACCAAUUAUUUUCCAAUAAAUAUGAUAAUGGGAAAGGGAGGCAGAUGCCAGCUCAUUAUGGGUCCAACAAGCACAAUUACGUUACAAUAGCCUCAACUAUUGCUACACAAAUUUCCCAUGCGGUUGGAGCUGCUUAUUCUUUAAAGAUGGAUAAAAAGGAUGCAUGUGCUGUAACUUACUUUGGUGAUGGUGGCUCUAGUGAGGGAGAUUUCCAUGCUGCUUUAAAUUUUGCAGCGGUUAUGGAGGCCCCAGUUAUUUUUAUAUGCCGGAACAAUGGAUGGGCUAUUAGUACCCCCAUUUCAGAUCAGUUUCGAAGUGAUGGUGUAGUCGUGAAAGGGCAAGCAUAUGGAGUCCGAAGCAUCCGCGUUGAUGGCAAUGAUGCCCUGGCCAUCUUUAGUGCCGUUCAAGCUGCCCGUAAAAUGGCAGUUACUGAAGAUAGACCAAUUCUAAUAGAAGCUCUUACGUACAGAGUGGGACACCAUAGCACAUCAGAUGACUCUACCAAGUAUCGUCCAGCAAAUGAGAUUGAAUGGUGGAGAGUGGCACGUGAUCCUGUGGCUAGAUUUAGAAAGUGGAUAGAAAACAAUGGCUGGUGGAAUGAUAGGGCGGAGUCAGAGCUUAUAAACAAUUUGAGACAGCGGCUUCUGCAUACAAUUCAAGUCGCAGAGAGUGUAGAAAAACCUCCACUUGCAGAUGCUUUUAGUGAUGUUUAUGAUAUUCCCCCAUCAAAUCUUCGUGAGCAGGAGCAAUGGUUGAAGGAGAUUGUAAAAGAACAACCACAAGAGUAUCCAGCAAAUAUUUCUGUGUAG